AUCUAAUAAGUUUUGACACCACUUGGACUUUUUAAAAAGUUACGAAAUGCGUCAAAAAAGAAGAUAAAAUCCUGCAAAACUAACGCCUCACUGGUGCUUUAAAACGUCACAAGCCAUUCACUGUUUUGCGAACUGCUGAUGGGUUUAGGACAUACUCAGACCCACGCAGAGUUGUUUUGUGGACAUAUAGGACAGCCCCCAUCCGCAUACCUCGACACUGAAAAGCCCCGUGGAAAGACACGCCGCGCUCCCUGAUACGCUGUUGCUCCACAGUGGGGCUGAACUGGGAACCCUCUCCAUCCACGACUGCACAACCAGCGCAACCUCCUUCCUCUCGCACUCAUUUGGACCGAACCUCCGCUGAAAGAUGACGACAAAAAACCGACCAAAGAACAGCGAGAAGAGCGCAGCGCCAGGCCAGGACGAUGCGUCCAAGAAAAGCCAGAAGAGCGGAGGCGCCACGAACGGGGUGAGUGGCCCCGGGCCUCAGGGGCCCCGCUCAGGUAGCUGCCUCGGCCUUCUGGUAAACGCGGUGUUUUACGCCGCAAUGAUAGGAGCUGCGGGAUUUGCAGCUUUUUAUUUGCAACAAGUCGUGGAGGAAGUCCGUCAGAUCCACGCAGAGCACGAGGAGAGCGCACGGAGAGGCACGGAGCUGGGUACCAAAAUGGAGAACGUUCUUCACCAGGUGGAGUCUCUGCGAAGCAACGUGGACGGACUGGAGUCGUCGCUGGGCAUCACGCGAGUGGAGCUGGAGGCGGCCGUGGGCCGCAUGAAGCGGGGCGAGGUGGAGACCAGGAGGGUGGAGGAGGCGCUCCAGAAGCUGCAGAACAACCUCCUCAGGGACCUGGCGGAGGGCGUCCGGGAGGUCAAGGAGGCCCGGGAGAAGGACUUCUCCUCUCUGGAGAAAACGGUGGAGGAGCGUCUGGCCGAGGUGAGCCAGUCCAUCUCCGCCAGCGUGGCCGAGUUCGCCGAGGGUCAGGGCGAAGCGCAGCGUCAGCUGGCCGACCUCAAAGCCCGCCUGGGCGACGCCGCGGACCCGGCUCUCGUCAAACAGGAGCUGUCCGCCAUCGUUGAAGUUGUCGCCGAGAUUAAAAUGGCCAAACAGGAAGCGGACAAAGCCUCUAACUCCCUCAGAGACCAGAUCGGCGCAGUGAGGGAAGAGCUCCAGACGCGCAACAAGGAGGUCGCCUCUCUGUCCCAGACGGUCGAAUCGGUGAGAUCGGUGAUGCAAGACACCAACGGCAGCCUGAGGCAGGCCCUGUCUGCGGCGGAGGCCGGGGUUCAGGCCCUGCAGGACCAAACCGCCACCCUGCAGAGCGGCCUGGAGCAGGUCUCCAACGCCGUCCGCACCGUGGAGGAGAAAAUGAACAUGGUGGCGGCUCAGGCUCAGAAAAGAUCUGAUGAUCUAGAGGUCAGGGUUCAAUCAUCAGAGGAAGGCAGGGAAUCACUGUCUGACAUUAGCAGCAAGGUGGAGUCGCUGCUCGCCAAAUACGACGGACAUGAAAGCAGCUUAUCUGCACAGGGGGCGGCAGUGGAGAGAGUAAGAACGGACCUGAAGCAGGAGCUGGAGGAAAUAAAAACCCAAAUGGAGGCGCUGGAUCAGACUGAGCCGCCUGCAGAGGGCUCCACCUUCCUACAGGCGGAGUUGGAGAGCUUAAAAACUGCAGUGGAAGAAGUGAAAAGCAAAGCAGACACGAUAGAAAGCCAAAACCAGGCCAUUCGCACCCUGCAGGAGGCGAUGCAGGAGACGACGCAGGCGCUCGCUGGUUUAGCAGAAGGUAAACGAGAUGAAGGACGAAGCGGCCUGGAGGAUCUGGAGGAGAGACUGACCGCUUUGGAGGACAGGAUGUAGACCACAUGAGGCGUUCAACGGCUUUCAGGAUGAGGGGGGAAAAAAUCACACAGACUACUAGUCAUGCAACGCAGCAUCAGGAUACCAAAACAGGAGACAAAACUCCAAGUUACUGUUAUGAAGAUCUGCUUUCUGGAGCUGGAAUCUGAUGUCUUGAUGCUGCACUUCUUGUUAGAACAAAACAAAAAAAAGAGUGAGAAAAAGCUGAGACUCCUGAUCUGUGAAGUUCAAACCUAGACUCAUUCUGCACUGUAGUUUUGUAUUCUUUUACUUUUUUAAACCUCCAAUUGCGAUUUUAAGCACUCCUUUGUUUGUUUGUUUUAGAAGAAUAAAAAAAACUAAUGUUUGA